AUGGGUGCGGGCCAGUCGACUGAUUAUAGUGGAGCGUCUCCAGAGGAGCUGAGCUACAUGCUAGCGGAACGCUUUGCAACAAAAUGCUUCUCGCCAUUGGAACUUACACACUUCAAAGACAACUUCUUCUCUCGAGCUGCAGAGCAAGGAGGCAUCCGCUACUGGAAUGAGAAAACACUGUCGGACUUCCUUGGUGUCCCGGAUGGCAGCUUCUCCGGUGCAGAUGAGGCUCCGCUAGACGCCGGACCUGUUCUUUUCCGCAUGGUUUCUUACCUCGGUGCAUUUCCCUUCCAAAGUACCUUGGCGCCGAGCGUUUUGACGUUUGAGGCUAUGGUCAAGGUGGUGGUGCUAUUAACCGAGCGCUACGGCAAAGUCCUCCGGCGAGGCCGGAAAGAUCGAAUUAAGUUGCUCUUUGGUAGCCUUGCUGAUGUCGGGAGAAAGGAUAUUGGCCAGCCUUCCAAUAAGGAUUCUGAGAAUAAAGAAUCGGAGUCUGAGGAAAAUCCUGAGCCCUGUCCUGCCAAGUCCCACGCGCCUGGAUUUUCUGUGGAUGAGCCUGCCAAUGACGAGUAUGACGAGGACGAAGAUGAUGAUCUUGCUCUUGCGGCAUUGGAAUCUCUCGAUGCUAUUGAGGUGUUCAAACAUGACCACCGUGUGGACCGGACAGUCUAUGAAACGCGCAUUUCGGUCGAUACUUUCCGCCGACUGCUCAUGCUGUUGCUCGGCAUUGCGCCUUUAAAGCCACUUGAACCUGUCAAGACGUAUACGUCCGACCUCGGCUCUGAGCGUAUUGAUGCAAUCCGCAAAGAGGCCGACAGCAUCAUUGCUGCGUUCCGGCCAGAGGAAAGCGAUGGUGGAAUAACGUACCGAGCAUUUGCCCGUACAAUCUCAACAUCCUUACCAUAUCUGUUCGAUCCUCUGACAGCAUUAUUCGAGCACAUGCUGUUCAGUAAGAACUUGAAUCUUUCUCAAAGACGACCGAGCGAAGCUACACCCGAGGAAGAAGCAAACGAAAAGCCAGAGGAAGCAUCCGUGGCAAAGCCGAUACUCCUCCCGGGAAGCUUUGAAUCCUCAAUCCUCAACCCAACAAUCCUUUCCCACCUGUCAUUUUUCCUCCCCUCAAAGGCGCAAUCCACGAACCUCUUCAAAGGCGGCGUUCGUCUUCAUCCCGUUUUCUCCACGGCCGCUCACGGCUCCUCAUUAACAUCCUUCUCCCACAACGUUCUCACCUGGCAAUCAGCCAAUCUUCUCAUCCUACAAGGCGAACCAGACGGAAACAGCGAGGAAACAGUUACAAUCGGCGCUUACCUCCCCCAACCCUGGAGAUCCUCUUCAUCAAACGGCUCAUCCUCCAGCUCCGACCCACUCCCUUGCCUCUUCCAACUCUCCCCCAAACACCAAGUCCUCCCUGGAAACCCAUCCCCGUCAGUCCAGAAACAAGCCAAUCUCCCAGCAGCCUGGUUCUCAACACACACAGGCAUCGCAAUAGGCUGUCAAAUCCCACCAGCUUCACGAAGCCACCACACCCCUCCAACUCCCCAUGGAGCCGCAAGUCUGACUAUCGACGUGAAUCUCGAAUCCGCCGAGCUCCGCGUCGAACCAGUCGGUCAUGACGGUGUCUUCCUUCCGUCCGGAAACUCAUCCAUGGAGGAUACUUCUGUAAAGACCCGUCUCGAUCUAUAUUCUUUGGAGAUUUGGGGCAUUGUCCCAGAUCCUGAACUAGCCGCUUCUUCGGAGGCAAAUGCGAGUGCCGUUGAAGUUCAGCGGGCGAAGUGGGAAUUUGAGGCUCGCGAGGCUGAGAGAAGACGUAAUGUUAAUAUUAAGACUGGGGCUGGGGAUUCGGCGAAGGAGAGUGCUAGAUGGUUAUUGGAGACUGCGGGGGUUAUUGGUGAUCAUGGACAGUAUUCGGGUGGCAGUACCUGA